AUGGAAUCUAAAGAAGAAUCUUCACCAAUGAGGAAUAUACAGGAACAAGAAGUCGUUAAUGUAGAGCACAGCACAAGUAAAAGCUCAUAUAAACAGCGAGGGCAAGGUGACGGCGAUGAUGAAGUGUGCGAAUCAAUGUCAAACGAUAUGGAAUCCUUUUCGCGGAAUGUACAAAGUUCUGAUGAUAUUCGAAGUAACUCAAGUAUUGUACGUAAUGACCAGGAAUCGACAUUUAGCCAUCAUUUAGAACAUUCUAACGAUACUGGUGAUAAAGCAUAUGAAAUAGUGCCGAAUAAUACGAGUUCGCAUUCUUGUAAACCGGUCGCCAGCUGCAGCAAAGUACUUCCAAGUUGUAACGAAACUCAAUGUCAAAUAAGGGCUAAUGAAACGAAUACACUUAAUGCAGAAAAAAGUAACAUAGGUGAAGCUUCAACAAGUGGUCUUCCAUCAUCUAGCAAUUGUGAAAGUAUAGCUGUUAACAAUGAAACAAAGGAAUUUAAAAAACGACCCUCAACUCUAAGACUAAAAAGACCUAUUGCUGAAGGUGAUGAGAGUUCAAGUGACACUGGGAACGAUGACUAUUCAUUGGGUUCUGAAGAUGGGUGUAUCUAUACAUAUAGAGGUGGGGAGCAUUUAGCUGAUCUUCCAAGUUCUUUCUUUAGUUUAGACAUGGGAUUACCAUUAACACCUAAUUCUGCAGCUGCAGCUCCAGUGCCACCACCUCCACAGCCUGCACAUCCUAGACCCGGUUCGAGAGCAUCCAGCCCCGACAUGGACUUCUUAGAAAUGGACUUUGAUCCUGGACCAUCCUGUGAGGCAGAUACAGGUGAUGAGUCUACUCCAGAAGCGGACAUUGAGGUGGUAAGUGUUCCAGACGGCAAUGAACAUGUUAUAAGAGGAACAUCACCAGAAUACCACCCAGGUGCCAUACAACCAGUAAUGCCAGCAGUCACUCAGAGUAGCACUGUAAAAUCAAUAUUUGACUUGCCAACUACAAGUACCAGUAAUCGAGAUGUCCCUGAUAAAUGUAUGGUUGUCAAGAAGGUCAAAAUAACUCGGACAGAAUAUAUUACUCAUGUCAAUGUCAGAGGUGAACGGCUGAGAGUUAGGAGGUCCAUAGCUCAGUGUCGACAUCCAGAACCAGUAACAACACAUGGCUCUAGUGGAGACCUGGUUUCAUCUAGAGAAGUUUUGAAUUAUACUGAAGAAAAGAAAGACGAAGGCAUGGCACACCAAAUCAAUCAAGGAGAAAUCACAACCUUUGACUCGGUCAAUUUGACAACUGCUUUGUACCAUGUAAAUAUGGCAAAGAAGCUUAUGAAUGAACCUAAAAGUGAUGAGACCAAUGCUUCUUUCAAUGUGGAAUCAGAACCAGUAGCAGGUCCAUCACAAGCAAGUGAACCUUGUGUGGAUGCCCCUCGAUGCAUGGUGUGGUCUGAACGGGAAGCAUGUGAAAGGCAAGUCACUCAAAUUGGCACUUCGGCAUGUGGAGCUACUGCUAUAGUUAAUGUGUUUCUCGCCCUUGGUGUGCCAGUUAACAUAGAGAGAAUUAAUUCAGCCGUGGGUACCAGACAGAGAGCUAACAAUGCCCCUAUACCCAGGUAUAUAAUGUCUCGAUCAGUAGCUGGGUGCACUGCCGCUGACCUGGUGACAGGCAUUCAGAGAGCUUCAGAUGGAUUAGUUACAGCGAGAUUCUUCCCUACAUAUCCGGAAAGAAGUCUGUCGUUGUUGCAUUGGCUUGCGGAUUGGAUAUCUCUUGGUGCAGUUCCAAUCUUGACCCUGAAUCUGCAGCUGGGCUGCGAAGGUGAUAUUCCAGACGCGUGGCACCACCAAAUGGUUUUCGGUGUAUCUCCCAGGGGAGUUUACCUCUGUAAUCCAGUCGAAUGUGUUCCCGAGGGUGUUGUGUGGUCAAGGCUUGUGUCCCCCUCGGUGUUACUUGUACGGUCUCGGGAUAUUGUAGCAAGAUUUAACCCUGAAACGGAUAUGUCGCCCUUAACAGCUGUGCCGGAUAUUCGCUUUCAUAAGCUCAAUGUACUCGGUCAAGUGGCAAACGUCCUACGGGAGUGGCGUUACGCCGGUUGCACAGACGCUGAGACGCGAACACGCCACGUUCUUAUCCCGGCGUCGUACCAGGCGGGAGUUACGAUCGCGGCUCUCACAGGCUCGGAGGCGCACAGAAGGUUGAUGCACGCGCCCCAGCUUCCUGCGCACGCACAUGUAGAGCCAGCAUGA